AUGACUGUCCACAUCAUCGAGACUGCCUCGCAGUUCAAGGAGACGAUUGCCAGAGAGAAGGGCCUCGUCGUCGUCGACGCGUUCGCGACAUGGUGCGGCCCCUGCAAGGCUAUCGCGCCCGUUAUUUCCAAGUGGUCCAACCUCGACGAGUACAAGGACAAGGUUCACUUCACAAAGUUUGACGUUGACGAACUCCCCGAACUCGCCCAGGAGCUUGGCAUCCGCGCCAUGCCCACCUUCGUCUUCUUCAAGGACGGCGAGAGGCUCACCCAAUUCUCCGGCGCCAACCCGCCUGCCCUCGAGGCACUAGUCAAGAAGCACACGUUCGAGGAGUCGAGCCCCGUGGAGAAGGAGGCGAGCCCUGUGGAGGCGAGCCCUGUGGGGGCGAGCCCUGUGGGAAAGGAGUCGAGCCCCGACUCUGAGAAGGAGUAA